UGGGGAAAAAGAGUAGAAAAUUACACUUAAUAGAAGAGUGAUGAUGGUGAUACAGUACAUUGGCAGUGCGAUCUGUACGGUCGCAAAUUUUGUAGGAUGGAUAGUGGUGAUUUCAAAGCUCUCAGGCAGAAAAUACCACCAUUUUCAAGCAAGCAAAGUCACUCCACCUUACCAAGCCUAUUGGUGCUACAAGAUCUUCCUACAGACUGUCUCAUAGGAGCUGGAGAGGAGAAUGAGAGUGGGUAUUUCUACCACCAUACUCUAGUGUUUCCUUUGUAUUAUAAAAUCAAUAUAUAUGAAAAUGGAGGGCAAGUGCUUUUGAGUGAUGAUGUGAGUUAUAGAGGAUUGUUAUAAUUUCAUUCCCUAUGAUAGAUCUUACUUUUAUGAUGGUCAUGCUACUUUUUAUGAUUAUAUUGUAUUGAUGUUGUAAAAAUGCUUUUAAGCUAUUAAGUUAUCUUUCAAAUGUGACGAUAUUAACUAUGUGGAUAUUGGUUCUGGUUAAUUCAUGGGGUUAUUUGUUUACGACUCACGAAAGCUGAGCUAAUGAAAAACAAAUUUUAUUGUUGUUUUAUUUAAUCCAUACACCAAGAGUUUUUAUUACUUUUUGUAUUAUCAUGUACUAUUCAUUUUCAUAUCCAUGAAUUCUUUACAAAAUUGUAAGAAACAGGAGAGAACAAAGAAGGACCUUGCAUCAUAUCGGAGGAAGUAGAGGCCAAUAUAAUUUAUACAGAAAUAUAGCUGGAUAUCAAAGUAUUAAUUUUUCAAAUAACCGUCUUCCAUCGAUUAACAGAGCUCAAAAUUCCAAUAAUCAUAAUCGUCCAAGGCAAGAUUUAGUUAGGAGAAGAUACAGUAUCUUACAAUUAUUCAGAAAUAAUAGAGUUUCUCUCAACGAUAAAGAACUACCUUUAGAUAGACUGAGAAGGCUAAAACACCAAGACUUGACACAAGAUUUUGAAGAGUGUUCAUUAUGAAUUGAACCUUUUUCCGAAACACCUGAUGAACUCCUGAUUGCUCUUCAUUGUAAUAUUAACAAAGGCAAUAUUCAAGAUAACAUGCAUAUCUUUCACGAAAGUUGUAUCCUAGAAUGGCUCAAUAAUCAUAAAGAGCGUCUUCUGUGUCGUACUAAAAUCACUAAAGAUGGCAUUUUAAGAUCCACCACUGAAGAUGAAAUCAGAAAUUAUUAAGAAUUAAGUCAGCUAAUAUUAUUCAUUUCGGUGAGACACUUA